AUGUAUAAGGUAGACCCACCACCAGAUCCCAAGGAGGUGGCAGCCAUAGAGGCUAGAAGAAAUCAAGAAAAGGAGCAACAGAGCCAAUUCUUCAAUGUGUGGACCAGAGAAAUGCGGGUGGAUGCUGAAGCCCUGAACAGCCAGGUGGAAGAGAAAAAGCUUCGGAAGGCAAAAAAGCAGAGCAAGGUGGCAGCUUAUGGUACCAACCAGGUGCAAUAUGAUGUGGUGGCUCAGAUACUAGAGAAGGAACAGGCAGAAUGGACAGGUCAGCUGGCCAAGAAAAUGCAAGAGUUUCGGAAGCAGAAGCAGCAGCUCAAGAAAAGGCGUGAACUUGACUUUUGGGAUUCAGACCGACUCUGGAGGGAGUUUCCAGCUCAUCUUGGUGACAGUGAUCCCCACUGGGGCCCAGCCAGCCUGCAGUGCUUCUCUGGGGAAGAUUUGGACAGGGCCAUAUGCCUGAGAAUGCAGCAGGAAGAGUUCAUGCACAGCCUGGAGAAGCCACUGCAAGAGCAACAGCAAGCCAGAGUUGAGGAGAACUGUGCAGAUAUGCUCAGUGAACAGCUGCGCCUAGCCGUGGACUUGCAGGCCACCCAGCUGGCCAAGCUGGAGGACUGCUGCCACAAGGCCAUAAUGUCUGCCAUGGCCAACGCCAACAAGACCCAGGUAGCUAAGAUGGAUAAGCAGCAGCGCUGUGAGCAUCAGCACCAACAGGACAACCUCGUGGAGAUCCAAAACCAGAUCACGAGUGACCUACUGACUGAGAACCCCCAGGUCGCCCAAAACCCUACGGCUCCCCACAGGGUCCUGCCCUAUUGCUGGAAGGGCGGGACUCUAGAGCAGAGAGCUGCCAUCAGGAAAGUACAGGAGGUGCAACACCAUGAAAAGGAGGCACAGCGCCAGACCGAACAAGCACUGGAUACCAAAUGGGAAAGCCAGCCCACGUGCUUGGCCCAGGCAGCAAUAGAGCUAGAAGAGCAGGAGAGGGAGCUGUGUGCUGAAUUUCGGAGGGUACUAGGCUCCUUCAACCAGCAUCUGGCAAAGGAGCAAAAAGACCAGCCUCUGGAUUUCUAUCUGAAUUCGAUAAUCUACACCAAUCAACCUACAGCCCAAUAUCACUUGCAAUUCAACACCAGCAGCCGCUGA